AUGGCUGAAGCUAUCGGUUGGAUCAAUGACGCGGUGUCUUUUUUUCAAUUCCUGGAAUCUCUGAUCCCAGGCUCGCAGGCGGCCUAUUCUACGGUGCGAGUUGAAGCCGGACUCAACGGAAAUGGACUUAGUGGUGCUGAUGGCACAAUCUCCAUGAUACGCAUAUAUGACAACAACCAGAACCUUAUAGGCCAGACCGAUGGCGGCUACGUUUCUAGCGGCGGCUACAGCGACUUUAGUAUCGAGCAGUCUGGUAACGAGCAAGCCGUGUUUGCUCAAAUAUACUCCUCUAAUGAUGCAGUUUGUGUGUCCUAUGCCUCCACUAGUUGGACCGACGGCAGCCAAUACGCAUGGGUUGGAGACUGGGGAUACCUGUGUGGAUUGCCAUGUGCACCUAGAUGUACCUGGAUUGACGGUGACGACACCAAUGGCCUUUACGCGCAAAGUCUGUUAAUCGACUGGACCUCGUUCGGACAAAGCAACCAAAACACGGACCCCAACUCAUUCUGUGGUUACCCGGCGCUGCGCUCCUACACUUCCAGUGGCGGCGAGGUAGUUAAACGCGAUAAGACUCCUAAGCUCGACUCUAGGCUUGUUAUCAGCUCUGCUGCGUCACACAACGCAACAGAACUUUGUUUGAGCGAAACCUCCCGUGGCCCAGACCUUGUGUCAAUGGCUGAAGGCGUGUUUUGUGAUAUGGCCACCAAAGAAGUCCUGCCUCUUUGUGAUCAAGGCACAAAGCAUGACUGCUUUCACGUUGACUCUCGUACUAAAUUGCUAAGCAAUGAAACUACGCAUGCAAAGUCAUACACUAAAGUUCUUCAAUGGAAGUAG